AUGUCGUACCAUCGCAACGCUCCAACAGGCAUCAAGGUGCUCAUCGUUGGCGCCGGAUUCGCCGGUCUUACCGCAGCAAUUGAAUGCCACCGCAAAGGCCACGAUGUAGUCGUCCUCGAAUCAUUCCCUCAACUCAAGAUCCUAGGUGAUAUAAUCUCCUUCGGACCGAACAGCGGUCGCAUCUUUCAGAAAUGGGAGGGCGUUGAAGAGCAGAUGGAUCCCUUGUGCCACAACACUGAUCGUCUAAAUUUUGUGACGUGGGAUGGUGACUAUCUCCUUGCUCAGCGCUGGGAUGAAGAGGCCAGCUACGGGAAGAAAUUCAAUGGACACAGAGGCGAGAUUCACGAGAUUGUUUUCAAUCACGCCAAAGCUCGAGGGAUUGAUAUCCGCCUGGGACAGAGGGUGAUUGAUUACUUUGAGGAUGACAAGGUAGCCGGUGUUCUGGCCCGGAAUGUCGCAACCGGGGCCGAGGAGAGGUUUACAGCAGAUGUUGUCUUCCCAGCAGACGGUGUGCGAUCAGAGGGACGAAGAAUUGUUUUGGGAUACGAGGAUAAGCCGAUAUCGUCCGGUUAUGCAAUCUUCCGAUCAUGGUUCGAUUCUACAAAGUUGAAUUCUCCGCUGACCGACCAUUUAUGGAAAAAUGGAGAUACGCAUUGGGCUUGGAUUGGGCCUGAUGUACACUUUCUGGCAGCUUCCCUCAAGGGAGGUAAGGAUUUCAGCUGGGUGUGCACGCAUAAAGAUGACGCAGAUAUUGAAGAAUCUUGGUCCACCCCCGGCAAGAUCGAAGACUGCCUCAAAGUCGUCGAAGGCUGGGACCCAGUCGUACAAGAGAUCAUCAAAGCGACACCAACAGACUACCUCGUCGACUGGAAGCUCAUUUAUCGCGACCCCCUACCUACAUGGAUCAGCCCCAAGCAACGCAUUGCACUGAUCGGCGACGCUGCGCACCCAUUCCUCCCAACGUCCAUCCAAGGCGCGUCACAGUCAAUGGAAGACGGAGUCACACUUGCCGUUUGCCUUGAGAAAUGUGGAAGUGCCGCAAACGUCCGCGAAGCACUACAAGCUUACGAGAAGAUUCGCUAUGAACGAGUACUCAAGGCGCAAAAGACCGGCGAGACGACCCGGGACAAAUGGCACAAGGCUGAUAUAGACUAUGUUAAAAAACAUCCGGAAGUGGUCAAGUUGCAGCGGGAGCCUUGGUUGUUGAAUUUUGACUCCGAGGAGCAUGCCUACAAUGUCUAUGAUGAUGUUGUCGCGAAGCUUAGACAGGGGAAUAUGACGGGCGAGGAGAGCCAAGCGAUGCUCUAA